GAUGAGCGGUCGAUGGAGUCCAUCUGCGCCUGCACUGCGUCAAGAUCCUUUGGUAGCGCCCCGUCUUAUAAAUGCUAUCGACCCUUUGGCUUUGCCCAGGGCAACCAGCGAAUACACCAUCUGAUCUGCUUCCCCUCGCUUCUCUUCCACAACUGCCAUAACCACUGAAACUCGCACCCGCUGUGAGCCAGGGAGCUUUCGGAGAUAUGCAAGUGAACCUUGACCAAACAGAGUUCUACUAUGGCCCCAGCCCCAGGCAACCUCGAAGCACAUUGCCCUCUACCAGUGAAAGGCGGCCAGCUCUAGUCUAUGCGCCACAGUCCUUUCAGCACUCUUUCUUUCACACCGAGACUGCCUUUAUCCAAGACGCACCGGCAUCGAUGAACACAGCAGACUCUUCCGCAUCCCUAGGACAUGAAUGGUCCUCCACUGGUAUCACAAAGCCAUGCAAUGCGUUUGAUGUCGCAAUAUCCGAUUUCUAUGGCGGAGCUUCAUCUCGACCACAACUGAUCACAGACUAAACCUUGCUUCUACAAAAGAAUCGAGGACAGUUCAGAACGCGAAUGCGUUAGACUAGGCCUAUCAUCAGUAAUCAGUUCUCUCAAACUUCUACACUUCUGAGAG